AUGAAUGAGUUUGCAAUUCCAAUCCGGAAGUACUCUCAAUAUUCGCUUUGGGAGCCAGCACCACAGGGAUUUAAGUCACCUAAGGUCCCUUUACUUGUAGAUAAAUGGAAACAUUUUCCAAUGCGGGAGAAUCUACUAUUUAAAAUUGGAAAUAAGAGUAGCGGUACUGUCAAAAUUAUAAUAGUUUGGAAUGACAUACAAGUAUUAGAAGAGGUGACUACUUCUCUACAGUGUGACUUGGUUCAAUUUUCAUUUAAAGCUCCAUCAAUCUCGUGUAAAUAUUUGUAUACUCAGGGCGGUCAAACAUAUAUAAGACGGUUUCAAGUGGGGUUCCAAACAGGCUAUGAAUUUUUGCAGACAAAAGAGGUACUAAUAAAGCUUGGAUUUUGCAUGAGAAAUGCAUUUUCGAUGAGGCAGAACUCAGGUGUAAUUUUCAACAAUAUACAGCCUAAUCCGUCUUACGAUUAUAGUGGUGGUUCACAAAUAUUUCAUCAAAGAUCUCAGGUAGAUAAUUUUAAUACUUGGAUGGCGCAGCCUUCCCAGCAGCAGGUUGUUUGGAAUGUUGUAGAUCCUGUCAUACUUUCCCAGAGUACUCCAUUACCUCCAAACUGCAAUGAGGAUUUGAUAAAAGAACAAGUCGAGCCGAAUGGAAACAAAAAAAUAGCGGGUAAUAUUAGCAAAGAGACGAACUCAUCGUCAUCGACCAUGGUAAAUGCCAAUUCAUCUGCUGUUGACAAGAAUCUCCUUCAGUCUAAACUUAAUGACAGACAAUUCAUGAAAUGGGUAUGUAUUAAGCCUCUAAUAAUUAAGCUUCCUUCAGAAUAUUAA